AUGAAUCUGUUUCUGAUUCCAGAACAGUUUCAGGUUGUUGGUCCAGCUGGUUCUCUUGUUGCUGUAGCUGGUGAAGACCUGGUUCUGCCCUGUUCUCUCAAACCCAACAUCAGUGCUGUGGACAUGACAGUGGAGUGGAGUAGACCCCAUGGAUCAGACACUCUAGUGCAUCUGUACACAGACCAUGAAGACAGAAAUGAGAGACAGAUAGAGUCCUAUAGAGGGAGGACAGCACUGUUUAAAGAGGAACUGCAGAAAGGCAACACUUCAUUAAAACUCUCCAGAGUGAGAGUCUCUGAUGAAGGAGAAUAUAAAUGUUUGAUUGAUAAUAAAAGCUGGCAGGAUGAUGUGACUGUUGAAGUCAUAGUUGAAGUUGUUGGAACCGACCCUGUGAUCACUGUGACGGGCUGUGAUGACUCAGGAAGACUGAGUCUACUGUGUGAAACUAGUGGUUGGUAUCCUGAAGAGCCUGAUGUUUUGUGGCUGAACAGUGAAGGAGAGAUUCUCCCUGCACAGGAUACAGAGACAGAUGAAGACAUAGAAGGUUUCAAUGUGAAACAACGUGUUAUUGUACAGGACAGUAACAUCAACAGACUCUUCUGUAGAGUAAUGAUGACAGAUCACAUGAAGGAGGCAGAGAUUUUCAUCCCAUUUUGCAGGAAUCCUGUGAUCAGGGCUCUGAACCUCAUCAUUCCCUCAGGGAUCUGUCUCAUCAUGCUGAUCGUCUUGUUGUAUCGGAAAGGACAAAUACAGAAAGCAGCAGUGGCGUUUGUUGAAGAAAAGCUGUCAAAUCAGAGAGUGGACAUGAGUAACAGGGAACUGAAUGAUUCUGAUGUGGAGAAGCUCUCUGUUGGACUGAAGAAUACUAAGCGUACAGUGGAGAUUCUGAGGUAA